GUUAAAUUCCUAUUAUCCUUGACCAGGUUCAGAGACUCAGGAUUUUGGUGCUGUGCUAAAUUGCUGUUCAAUUAUGUAUUUGGAGGGAAAACUGGAGACUAAAAUCUUCACUGAUCCAAUAUUUGAUGAUGUUCGGCACGUAAGAGAUCUUGCCAUAUAUCUAAAUGGUUGCAUUGAGAGAGAGAUGGAGAAGGUCAAUGGCGGUCUUUUUAUUGAUGACCUUUUGAUUGAGAUCCUACUACGACUACCAUUGAAAACUUUAUUUGCUUUAAAGAGCGUUUCAAAAAGGUGGUAUCGGAUUAUUUCAAGUCCUUGUUUUCGACAGCGCUAUCAAUCUCAGAGGAACGAACAGGAUGAUUCUCUUUCCGCUCUGUUAGGCUUCUUCCAAUCAGUAAAACAGAAUUCAUUCAUGCCUACCAGUCCACAGUUGUCUAAUAAUGGAUUUGUUUGUCUCAAUUUGUAUGGUGAUUUAUUGAUUGGUUCUUCCAAUGGCUUGUUGCUCUACUAUAACCACUCUUUUAGGGUUUACCGCAUAUGCAAUCCUAUCACGAGGGAAUGGCUUUCCCUUCCUCACUCAGGCGACCAUCUCAACAAUGCAAUUGGAUUUGACGUUGAAGGAAUUUCUGACCAGGAUUGCAAAUUGGAAAAAUUCAAGUUCAAGGUGGUGUGCAUUAAGUUAUCAUCAUUUCUUGUUAACACCCUGGAAAUGGAGGUUUUUUCUUCAGAAAAUAAAAUCUGGGUGGAAUAUACACUCUUAGCAACAACGGGAUGUCUUUUGUUUAGACCUUUAGAGUAUGCUGUGGUAAUUGAUGGGGUAUACUACUGGUGGGAGCGCCUCCAUCGUGUUGUAGCCUAUGAUUCUAAAAGUAGUCAAGAACUGGUUGUUAACAUUGUAGAAGUUAUUCAAUUGCCAGAACGAAACAGUGUCACAAUCGAGCGCUCCUUUGUUUUGGGCAAGUCCAAGGAUGGGCUACUCCAGUAUGUGACUAGUGAUACCUUCAAAAUUGUUAUUUGGGUUCGUGAUGGCAUUGGUGCAUCCAAGUGGAUUUUGAGACACACGGUCAGUUUUAUGUUGAUGCGCCAUCAAUACCCGGACAUUAUGAGCUCUUGUGAUCUCAUUUUGAAUCAAGAAGCUCUUCGAAAUGAAAGGAAUGCUAAUGUCCCAGAGCUAGCGGCCUUGCAUCCACUGAAUCCCGAUAUUGUUUUUAUUCGGCUAGACAAGAUGAUCUUCCAAUAUUGUCUCGAUAGUGGUUGUUUAAAGAGAGUUCAGCUUCAUGGCAACGAGAUCAUGUUAGGAGAAAGUAGAUUGCCAAAACAGCCGUUGGACAUUUGUAAGGCAUUAUUUCCUUACUUUUUACCAACCUGGGCUUAUUCUCUUCUUUAAGUCCCCUGUGGGCUUCUUUUAGCACUCCGGAUUCCAUAUGCUAGAAGCAUUGUGAUCAAAAGAGAACUGGAGGCAUCAAUAGAGAUAAUGGUAUGAAUUAUAUAUAUAUACAUAUAUAUAUAUAUUGGCACUUUCAUGAUGUGUUGUUCAACUGUUACUUUAAAAUAAAGGUGAGUAUAUUUGUAUUCCAAGUACUCCCGCUAUAUUUCCCAAUGUUCAAAAUCUUUUGAUUGAAUAAAGAAAGGCUAGUGUGCACUUUGCAAUA